AUGUCACAGUCUCCUCUGGUGGUGGUCCGAAGGGUCCUCAUAAACCCAGCUCGAGAUGUGUAUUUCGCGUGCUUAUACCCACCCAAGGGAAUUAUUUACUUUGUAGUUCACCCAUUUCUCUAUCCCCUUGUACGAGCACGCCUCAUGCCUGCAUUCCUUUUGAGUGCGUUUGUCCUUCUCAACCUUUUCCUUUGGACGUAUCUUCCGCAAGUCGCCUUCUUGGCUCUUUUUCAUCGAGCGGGAAGUGCUUGGGCCAAUGGGACAUUCUUAGUGUUAGGAGAAGGUGCAGCCAUUACGGCUAUUCUAUUUGAAUGCUUUCUAGUGGAUGAAUCCCAAGUAGAUGUCUUCGAUGCCGUUCUCGUCCACAAAGGAUAUGAGGAUCUAGUCCGCCAAUACCGACCUGUAUCAGAGGAUUCCUUGAAUAAACCCGUUCGACGUCUCGGAAAGCCGACCAAGUCGUCUGUGUAUGGUCCAUUUUCAUUCCGCCAGAUUAUUGAAUUUGUUGUUCUCCUACCACUGAAUUUCGUACCAUACGUCGGGGUACCCCUCUUUUUAUUUCUUACGGGCUAUCGAGCGGGCCCUCUCCAGCAUUGGAGAUACUUCAAGCUGCGGGGCUUUGACAAGAAGCAACGGAAUGCAUUCGUGAAGAGGAGGAGGUGCCAGUACACUUGGUAUGGAGCUGUGUAUCUCCUGUUACAGCUUGUGCCGGCAUUAAGCAUGUUCUUCCUGAUGACUGCAGCCGUGAGCUCUGCGUUGUGGGCAGCCGACCUGGAGACCCAGCGGCGUCGGCAAGGACCAAGCGAAGGCCCACGAUAUACCGACGACCCAGAAGACAGUACAGUGUAG